UGCGACUCGAUACCCGCCCUCUUUUUUUUCGUUCGACUGUUCCAAUGAUACCCUGAAUUACUUUGCAUCUACUUUAAUCCACCUUUACCUCCUUACCCAUACACACAAUGCCGCCACGACGGCCAGGGCAGCCAUUCCGCCGAGUAGGCAAAGGAGGAAAUGCCUCAUACGGACCUCGAAAACCCAAGACGGUGGAAGCCUCGUCCCUCCGCCGCACGGAAGCAACCUCACAAAAUGAAAAGCUUGAAGCCACGCGCCUCGCGAACCGCAUCGACGAAUCCAUGGGCUUUCCCCGCUUCGAAGCCGGCAAGAAGCGCGUAGGAUGGCUCUGCAACAUGCACUCGACCACAUUGGAGGACGAGAACGUACCAGGCGGAAGGGCUGGCGUGGAUUACUACUUCAUUGGCGACGACGGCGAUACAUUCAAGGCGACGCUGGAGUACGACCCUUAUUUCUUGGUCGCCGUGCGGAAGGGCCGGGAGCCAGAAGUGGAAGAGUGGUGUAGGAGGUCGUUCGAGGGCCUUGUCAAGAGCAUGAAGAAGGUCGAGAAGGAGGAUCUGUCCAUGCCGAAUCAUCUUACUGGAUAUAGGCGGACAUUUUUGCAGCUGAGCUUCGCCAACGUGAACGAUUUGCUCGCCGUGAGGAAGGUCAUGGGCCCGAUUGUGGAGAAGAGCAAGAAGAAUGUUAAUGCGAUGGACACGUAUGCCGAGGUGGCUAGUUCGACGGCUGGCUUCGACAUCUUUGACGACGAUUACGAUUACGAUAGACGGCCUACUGCAACGAUUGAUGCGAGUGAUUUCAUUCUAGAUAUCCGGGAAUACGAUGUUCCCUACCAUGUACGAGUUGCUAUCGACAAAGAUAUAAGAAUUGGAAAGUGGUACACAGUCGAAGCGAAGCACGGCCUAAUAUCCUUAACCUGUAUAGAAGACCGCCUGAAAAUGGCCGAUCCGGUGGUCAUGGCGUACGAUAUCGAGACGACCAAACUCCCUCUGAAGUUCCCCGACGCAGUCAUCGACCAGAUCAUGAUGAUAUCGUACAUGAUCGAUGGUCAGGGUUUCCUCAUCACGAAUCGAGAAAUCGUAUCAGAAGAUAUUCAGGACUUUGAUUACACGCCUAAACCGGAAUACCAAGGGCCGUUCAUGAUCUUCAACGAACCUGACGAGAAGGCGCUCAUAGAGCGAUUUUUUGAGCACAUCAAGGAAGCCAAGCCCACAGUCAUGGUCACGUACAACGGUGAUUUCUUCGAUUGGCCAUUUGUUGAGGCGAGGGCGAGUGUCCUCGGCAUUGAUAUGUACCAAGAGAUUGGCUUCCGCAAAAACAGUGAGGAUAUAUACCAGUCUGACCACUGCGCACAUAUGGAUGCCUUCUCGUGGGUCAGUCGAGACAGUUACUUGCCGCAAGGUAGUCGAGGUCUCAAGGCUGUUACAGUGGCUAAGCUAGGAUAUGAUCCAGAUGAGUUGGAUCCCGAACUGAUGACCCCAUAUGCGAGCGAGCGACCCCAAACACUUGCAGAAUACUCCGUCUCCGAUGCUGUGGCCACCUACUACUUGUACAUGAAAUAUGUGCACCCUUUCAUCUUCGCCUUGUGUACGAUUCUGCCUUUAGGCCCCGAUGACACGCUACGAAAGGGUACCGGUACUCUUUGCGAGAUGCUGCUCAUGGUGCAGGCGUACCAGAAGGGCAUUGUCCUUCCGAAUAAGCAUCAAGCACCAAAAGAAGCAUUCUGGGAUGGCCAUCUGCUAGAGUCCGAAACCUAUGUUGGAGGUCACGUCGAGAGUAUCGAAGCAGGUGUCUUCCGUAGCGACAUACCGUACGACUUCGCUGUCGAUCCCAAAGCUAUCGAUGAACUCCUUGGCGAUCUAGAUGGCGCGCUCAAGUUCAGCAUCGAAGUUGAGGAGAAGAAGAAGAUGGAGGAUGUGACGAAUUAUGAGGAGGUCAAGGCCCAGAUUACGGAGAAGCUGCUACAGAUGAAGAACACACCGAAUCGACACGAGCGGCCACUUAUCUACCAUUUGGACGUGGCGUCUAUGUACCCGAACAUCAUGACAACGAAUCGAUUACAGCCGGAUUCUAUGAUCAAGGAGGCAGAUUGCGCGGCUUGCGACUUCAAUCGCCCAGGCAAGACUUGUGAUCGGCGGAUGCCGUGGGCUUGGAGAGGAGAGUACUUACCUGCCAAACGCGACGAAUAUAACAUGGUUAGGAAUGCGCUAGAGAAUGAGAAGUUCCCUGGUCGAUUUCCGAACUCUCCCUCUCGCACCUUCCAGGAAUUGUCUCAAGACGAGCAAGCCACUUUGAUCAAGAAGCGACUGCAGGAAUACAGCAAAAAGAUCUAUCACAAGAUCCACGAUUCAACGACAAUCGAGCGAGAGGCAAUCAUUUGUCAGCGAGAGAAUCCCUUCUACAUUAACACCGUGCGAGACUUUCGUGAUCGACGGUACGAUUACAAGGGCAAGCAGAAGGUUUGGAAGGGCAAGACUGAGGAAUUGAAGUCUGCUGGAGCUCCAGCUUCCGAGGUCGAUGACGCGAAGAAGAUGAUCGUUCUCUUCGACUCCAUGCAGCUGGCUCACAAGGUCAUCUUGAACAGUUUCUAUGGCUACGUCAUGCGUAAGGGUUCACGGUGGUACUCGCUGGAGAUGGCGGGUGUCACCUGUUUGACGGGUGCUCGUAUCAUCCAGCUGGCUCGUCAACUUGUGGAGCGCAUCGGACGACCGCUUGAAUUGGAUACUGAUGGCAUUUGGUGCAUUCUACCAGCCACGUUCCCGGAAAACUUCGCUUUCAAGUUAAAGAACGGCAAGAAGCUGGCCAUCUCAUAUCCUUGCGUUAUGUUAAAUCACCUCGUUCACGCCAAAUUUACCAACGAUCAGUACGAGACGCUUGUAGACGGUGAGACAUUCCGUUACGAGAAGCACAGUGACAACUCCAUCUUCUUCGAAGUCGACGGUCCCUACAAGGCUAUGAUCCUGCCUACAUCGAAAGAAGAGGACAAGAACUUGAAGAAACGUUAUGCCGUCUUCAACCACGAUGGAAGCCUGGCUGAGCUGAAGGGGUUUGAGGUCAAGCGCCGUGGUGAACUGAAGUUGAUAAAGAAUUUCCAAGCGCAGCUCUUCAAGUUCUUCUUGGAUGGCACCACACUUACGGAGACGUAUGGCGCCGUCGCCAACGUCGCCAAUCGUUGGCUCGAUAUUCUGGACACGCGUGGUGCCACCCUGGCGGACGAAGAAUUGAUCGAUCUUAUCGUCGAGAACAAGAACAUGACCAAGACGCUAGAAGAGUAUGGCGCGCAAAAGUCGACCGCCAUUACGACUGCUAAGCGACUUGCGGAGUUCUUAGGCGAGCAGAUGGUCAAAGACAAGGGGCUAAACUGCAAGUACCUUAUCUCCUCUCGACCGAAAAAUGCUCCAGUUACUGAGCGCGCUGUACCAAUUGCCAUCUUCUCAGCUGAGGAAUCAGUUAAGCGGUAUUUCUUGCGGAAGUGGCUACGUGAAGACCCAACCGACAUGGAUCCUCGAAGCAUCCUCGACUGGGAUUAUUAUCGGGAACGUCUGGCAUCUGUCAUUCAGAAAAUCAUCACAAUCCCAGCCGCUCUGCAGAAAGUGCCAAACCCGUGUCCACGCGUGCCGCAUCCGGAGUGGCUUGACCGAAGGAUACGGCAGAAGGAAGACAAACUUCAACAGAAGAAGAUGACGGACAUGUUCGACAAAAAGGCGCUCACCGAUGCUGACACUAAUAUACUCGGCAACCGAGUCGCCCUGGAUCUGGAGGAUUUUGGAGGGUCUGCGAAAAUCUCGCCAAAUUCUCAGGUCAAGAGGGGUAUGGUAACCAAGAUGGUCACGAAGAGGAAAGAACCUGAGCCCGCAGUGCCUGUCCAAACCGACCCAUACGCUGCGCUACCAAAAUUGAUGCCCUCGAUCACUGAAGACUACUCCGGGUGGCUUAUGUACCAGAAGCAGAAGUGGAAAAUUCAGAGGCAAGCACGCAAGCGCCGACGACAACUGUUUGGUGAACGAUCUGGUGAUGUGGUGGACGGCAUUGGAGGCUUAAUCAGAAAUCAGAACGAGAUGGUGUUCAUGAGCACGUGGCAGCUGGUGCAGUUACGGCCAACUGCCACGCCAGGAAAAGUCAAAGCCUUCGUGCUCAUCGACAAGAAGAUUCGUUCGCUCGACAUCAAUGUUCCCCGCCAUCUCUACCUCAACCUAAGGGGAGAAGAUCUGCCAGAUGUGUCAAUCAGUGGAUGCAGCGUUGAGAAACUCGUCAAUCACACCCUCCCGAACGGACAUCCUUCAACACAUCUAUUCAAGUUGGAGAUGUCAGAGCAAACGUACGUGGACGAAUCCAAAAAGAUCGCUGCGCUCUUCAACCACCCCAGCGUGGAAGGCGUCUACGAGACACAGGUACCUCUCAACGUCCGAGCCAUCCUGGAGCUGGGGAACACUUGUACCUUUGACGAGACGCAAAAAGGGGUUCUCGGCAAGGGUCUCGCUGAAGGGUUUGAUUUGCCGAUCCUUCGAAAGGUGCCCUUGAGUUCACCUUACCUCUCGGAAGCGUCACUCGGCUACCUGUACCUCUACCAUGUCAGCAGUGGCGAACGCAACAUAUACGCUUUGUUCUCAACUUCCCGGAAUGAGGCUCAUAUCAUUAUCCAGAAUAAGUCGAAAGAUUCUCAGGGCAUGCCGAACGUUGACCGCAUCUACCAGGACGCUCUGCAGAGGCGCCUAGACGAAAACGGUGGUGACCAGUGGCAAAAUGCCAUUGAAUACCAGGACGAUGUACAUUUCAGAACGAUAUCUGUGACAACGCGACGAAAGGCGCUUCUGGAGAUUGGGGAUGCUAUCAAAAAGAUCAGGCAAGCAGACAAAGACAAGCCGUUCAUUGUGGUCGUUCAAUCGCCCAAUCAAGCCCUCCUCUCUCACGACAUUCCUCAACUCCAAGACAUGCCCAUCUUGCCACUUCGGGCUGAUGAGUCGGACAAGCAGCUGCCUCAACUCAGUUGGCAGUCAGUCGUUGCUAAGCGGCUCGUUGGACACUACCUGGACCUUGGCUCAUGGGCAUCGCACCUAGCAGAACUUUCUCGAUACGGAGACGUCCCCCUCUGUAACCUGGAGUCCAACGACCCCCAGUUCUUGAUUGAUGUUGCGUAUGCUAGACGAUUGCAGAAAGAGCGGGUGAUUCUGUGGUGGUCUGCGCAACCCAAGCCGGACCACGCGGGCUACGAAAAAGACGAUAUUCUAGGACCGCUGGAUACCGUCGAGAUGCCUUCGAUCAACAAUCCGGGGACGUACUCCUCCGUCUGCAUUGAUCUCAACAUUCGCCAUCUCGCCAUAAACACCAUCCUGUCCUCUUCGCUCAUCAACGAUCUCGAAGGCGCAGACUCUUUCUCUUUCAAUCCGGCAGCUCCUUCGUUUGAUAGCACCAACGAUGGUACGAACGUUAUCUACUCCGAGAACGCCUUUGCUACAGCUGGUAUCACCGUACUCCGAGAGAUGGUCAAGGCAUGGUGGAGCGAGGCCGCUAACGGGGACUACAUGGCCGAUGUCAUGGUACAACAUUUGGUGAGAUGGGUAAGUAGCCCAGGGUCUUUCCUCUACGACCGGGCUCUACACUACUACGUACAAAUGAUGAGCAAGAAAGCGCUUCAGCAGCUCAUGACAGACUUCAAGCGCGUAGGCUCACACAUCGUCUUCUGCUCACCCACACGCCUGCUUCUCCAGACAACCAAAGCAGAAGUCGGUAACGCAUACGCCUACGCCCAAUAUAUCCUCAAAACAAUCCAGGCAAAACCUCUCUUCAGCUUCCUCGAGCUCGAAAUCAAAGAAUAUUGGGACUACCUGGUCUGGUAUGACGAUUUCAACUACGGCGGUAAAGGCUGCGAGAAAAUCGUCGAAGAGGAGAAUCAAACUCUUGACAACAUCAUGCACUGGCAGCUCGCGACCUUCCUCCCACCAGACCUGCAGCAGGAAUUCGACGCCACCAUCGUUGACUUCAUCGAGCUGAUGCACGCACGCAAACACCCCGGUCCUGGGCCCGAUGGCAGCACUCAACGGCUGACACAGAUCCCACUCAAGCCGCUGACGGUCGACCCAAAUGAAAUGACGCACAUCCUCCCCAAGACCUUCACCAAGCCGCUCUUCAAACAAAUCUCGACAUGGCUCCGCCGCCAGCACGCCGAAAUGCGCGUUUCCGACCUUGCAGACAGCUGGGCCUUCCCCAAACUCCCCGGCAGCCACCUCACCCUGCAAAACCCCGUCCUGCAGCUUGUCAAAAGCAUCAUGCAGGUGCUCAGCCUGGACCGCAGCAUCAUGCUCGAAGUACGUCUGUUGCGCAAGGAGCUCCUCGCGCUCUUCGAGAUCCGCGAGUUCAGCGCCGACGCCGCGUUCCAGAACCCCAGUGCGAGUCUGAUGCUGCGCGGCGUAAUCUGCGAGGAGUGCACGGCGGAACGCGACAUCGACCUGUGCCGCGAUGCCUCGCUGCUUCCUCCUGCUUCUACGGCCUCGUCUGCGGCGGCGCUACCCAAGUGGAAGUGCGAGGCCUGCACCACGCCAUACGACCUCCUCCGCAUAGAGGAACAGCUUGUCUCCGACGUGCAGCGGCUGCUGCUCGAGUGGUCGGUGCAGGACCUAAAGUGCAGCAAGUGUAAGCGGUUGAGGAGCAAUGAGUUUAUGGAGCACUGUGCGUGUGCGGGGGAGUGGGUUGCAACGAAGGACAGGGUAGACGUGCGGAGGAGGCUGAAUGUGUACCGGGGGGUCGGGGAGUUCUUUGGGCUGAGAAUGUUGGAAGGUGUCGUAGGGGAGUGCUUGGAGGGCUUCUAA